CUCACUUUCUCAUAUGUCAAACUGUCAUUACAAAGCAUUUUGUGACUGCAACAAAAUCUUAAAAUUCAGCUUAUUUUGCAAGAAAAACUAGAUUUAAAGUUGAUUGUGGUUGGUUAAAAUAAGUAAUUUGUAAAAAUGGUUCUUGAAAGUACGAUGCUAUGCUUCGAUAAUAGCGAUUUUCAGCGAAAUGGUGAUUAUUUCCCAACCCGUCUGAACGCCCAGAAGGAUGGCGUAAAUCUGGUGUGUUUGUCGAAGGUUCGCUCGAAUCCGGAAAAUAACGUCGGCCUUAUGACACUAUCUAAUACGACCGAAGUGCUGGCCACGUUAACGAGUGAUGUGGGCCGAAUUUUGUCCAAGUUACAUCUGGUCAAUCCGGCUGGAAAUAUUAAUUUGCUUACCGGAUUGAGGAUUGCGCAUCUGGUGUUGAAACAUCGUCAGGGAAAGAAUCAUAAGAUGCGAAUUGUGGUUUUUGUGGGAUCACCAGUUAAUCACGAUGAAGCCGAUUUGGUUAAGCUCGCAAAGAAAUUGAAGAAGGAAAAGGUGAACGUAGAUAUUGUCAGUUUCGGAGAUCAUCAAAAGAACAAUGAUGUAUUCACCUCGUUUAUCAAUGUUCUGAAUGGAAAGGACGGAACCGGAUCGCACUUAGUUUCCGUUCCUCGUGGAUCUGCUCUAUCGGAGGCGCUUAUUUCUUCACCAAUUAUUCAAGGUGAAGAUGGCACCGGAGGAGCAGGUCUCGGUGGUGCUGGUUUCGAAUUCGGAGUUGACCCGAAUGAAGAUCCUGAAUUGGCACUUGCCUUGCGCGUUUCCAUGGAAGAGCAGCGUCAACGUCAAGAAGAAGAACAGCGCCGUGCGCAAGGUAGUUCCGAAGCAGGUGCCCAAGAAGGAACAUCUUCCGGGGGAGCGGUAUUGGCUAGCCAGCCCAACUCGGAGGAAGCUCUAUUGGAAAGAGCUCUUGCCUUGUCGACGGAUGAUGCAAUGCCAGAUUUCGCCAACAUGACCGAAGAGGAGCAAAUUGCUUUUGCCAUGCAGAUGUCGAUGCAGGAUGCACAACAAGAAACUCCCAUUUCUCAGCCAGCCAAGCGCCAGAAGAAGGACGAAACACCGAUGGAGGUCGACGAAGACAUCAACGAAGUUAUUGCCGAUCCGGAAUUCUUGCAAAGUGUUUUGGAAAAUCUACCAGGUGUCGAUCCACAUUCAGAAGCCAUCCGCGAUGCGGUCGGCUCGUUGAAUAAAGAUAAGAAGCAGUCGGAUAAGGAUGGCGAGGACAAGAAGUAGAUUCUCUGAUCCUAAAUUUAUAUUUGCUUAAGAUUCAAUUAAUAACAUUUUCUGCUGAAUAAAUACGACAUGUAUCGAUAAAUAUAAUUUGUAAAAAGAAGAAA